AUGGCGGAGAAUGUAACUUACACAUUUGACAGUGUGGAUAGUGGACAAAUGUUAUGUGUAAUACAGAUAGCCGAUCAAAAAGGAAUAAUGGAAAUUAUUCUGUUUGCUGUAUAUUUUGUCCUACUCUCUAACGAGGUAUUUUGUCUGAAAAACAAAUGGGAUGGUGCUCUUAAUUUUCACUGUCCGUCUUCUGCUGAGUUCAUUGAUGCUGUUGUAUCCUUUCAUCAUAAUUAUUACGAAGACAGAAGAUACGAAUUCCAUUGUGGUAGAGCUUUGAAACGUAGAAACAAAGUGAAUUGUCAUUGGACUGGAUACGUCAACGACUUUGACCACGCUGUCCACUUUCAAUGUCCAGGGUCAGGAUAUAUUAACGGUAUGGCAAGUUACCAUCACAAUUACUAUGAGGACAGACGCCAUAGAUUUCGUUGCUGUGGACCACGAAGCUCAAAUUAUCAUUUUCAGCAAUGUCGCUGGACAGGUUGGUUAAACAAUUAUGAUCAGCCCGUCAUUUAUUUUGUCCCAAGGGGGUAUGUUUUGCGAGGUGUGAACAGCGUUCACCACAAUUAUUAUGAGUAG